AUGACUCUGAAGAUCAUUUACCAACAUUGUAGUCAAUGCCAAUCUUUGGCGUCUACGCUGGCAACUGUUUCCUGGGUCACGGUAGCCGAAGUGCUACUCAGACUCGGACUCCUAGAGGAGGUUCUGAAAGCCACUUGCAUCUGGGGCAAGCUAAAGAAGCAGCGGAGAAUACUCAAGGUGGUAAGGAUUUCAAAGAUUAUGGCUGCUGAGCGAGAGUCUGAUUACACCAAGAGUCCGGUGUGCCAGUACUUGACUACUGGAGAUGAAGAGCGGUCCUAUUCUUCUUUUAUUGGAGGUGGUUUUAGUGAUCAGGCGCUUGCUAAACCGGGAGCCUCAAUCGCCACAAUCUGUACUUCUGUCUUGGCGGCACCGCCCAAAGGAGAGGAUUGUAACCGUCCAGGCCUUCAACAUCCCAGCGCUAGGCCGCCUUCUACGAUAAUACUUACGUGCUUGAAUGGUCAAGACGAAACAAAUGAGAGCAAACAGAAGAAGGAGGUUGUGGAUCUGCUAGGAGGAAAAAGGGGGGAAGAAUUGACCGUUACUCCGCAUAACUUUCUUGCAGAGGUGACAGUGUCAACACUGGUGAACUUACCGACAUCUCAAAAGAAAACGUGGCACCUCAUUGGUAGCGAGAAGCAAACACCUGAGAGCUCGCGACGUCGCUAG